ACGAAUGAGAAGGUCCAGGGUGUGCACGCAAGCGAGACGUACAGGGAAACACAUCAACAACGACACGCCAUUCAAGUUUCAAUUCCAAUCAUUUCUUUCCCAAAUCCUUUUCGUUUCCACUAUUCCCAAAUUUUCCUUCUUUUGCCCUAAAAAUUGAAAUUCUCUGCAAAAUUUCGUUGUUCCCUGCUAAUAUAUGCAUGUAUACACUCUAAUUUGGUGUUUUAGGUUUAUCAAUGGAAAGCAAAAAUUUUGAUUCUAAGAAUCAGGUGGAAGUUGUAGAAGAUUUAUCUACUAGGGUUUCUCGUUUCUCCCUUGAAAACCAUAUAUCCAAUUUCUAUUCUCCUCUGGAUGAUGAAGUGGAUGAUGAUGAUAAUAUGAGGAAUUAUCAUGUUAGUAGAGAGAAUCGUGGUGAUUCGUUGUCUUCUGUUAGCACCGAAGAACAUAGUAUGAAUUUAACCAGCUUAUAUCCAGAAUUACCUGAAGAAUCGUUCGAAAGGAAUAAAGAGGACAUGGAGUCUUUAGCUGAUAUUCAGAAUCAGCAGAGAAAGUAUUUUUAUUAUGAUGCUCCGCUGAAUGAAGAUACGGGAGUUUGGAUACCAGUUUCGGUUCCACCGAUGUUGGAAGAUGAUCAUAAAGAAUGGGCUAAAGGGUUUCACUCGAACGGUAGUUUUUUUCCUGACGAUGAUAUGGGAUGGAAUCAAUAUGUUGGUGGAGAAAAGGAAUUGACUAUGUGGGAAGUGUUAGUAGAAAUUUUACUUGCAGCUAGGGGGAAAGUGUCUUCUUUGGCGUCGGGAGAUAUUCAUACAUGUAGCUUUUCAUGGUUAACCAGCCAUGUACUUGAGCAAGCUUGGAGAGAGAUGGCACAAACACUUACAGAAGCUAACUUUGGUAAUGUGAGGGAAUUAAUAGAAGCAGAACCUCCAAAAUGGUUGGCGGAUAGUGCUGCUGCUGCUUGUAUGCUUUGUGGUGUGAGGUUUCACCCCAUCAUGUGUUCAAGGCAUCACUGCCGGUUUUGUGGAGGAAUAUUUUGUGGUGAAUGUUCCAAAGGACGGAGCUUGAUGCCAUCAAAGUUCCGAGUUUCUGACCCUCAAAGAGUCUGCGAUGUAUGUUGUGUCCGACUUGAGUCUGUACAACCUUAUUUGAUGGAUCAUGUAAGUAAUGCUGCUCAGUUGCCAACCCAUGACUUGACGGAUCUCAGCACUUUGAGAUCAUGGGUUAAUUUUCCUUGGGGGCAGACCAUGGAAUAUGAAAUUUACAAGGCAACUAACACUAUCAAGUCUUAUAACCGGAUAGGUUUAUUAAAACCGGAGAAGACAAUUCCAGAUGCCAUUCUUAGGCAAGCAAAAGGCCUUGCAAUUAUCACUGUGGUCAAAGUUGGAGUGGUGGUUACUUAUAAUAUUGGAACAGGAAUUGUGGUUGCACGUAGGGAGGAUGGUUCAUGGUCUCCACCAUCUGCUGUUUCGACAUUCGGAGUGGGGUGGGGGGCUCAGGCUGGAGGGGAGUUAACAGACUUCAUUAUUGUUCUGAGAACAAAAGAGGCUGUCAAGACAUUUAGUGGUAAUGCACAUGUUUCACUUGGAGCUGGCUUGAGUGCUGCAGUUGGUGUUAUUGGAAGGGCCGUUGAAGCCGAUGUUCGAGCUGGUGAUGGUGGCUAUGCUGCUUGUUAUACAUACAGCUGCAGUAAAGGUGCAUUUGUUGGUUGUUCACUUGAAGGGAGUAUUGUCACAACUCGAACACAAGAAAAUAGUCGGUUUUAUGGCAGCCAGUCUUUAAGUGCAACAGACAUACUUCUUGGCUCCUUGCCUAGGCCACCUGCUGCAGCUAUUCUCUACCGUGCUCUUGCAGAUUUGUAUUUGAAGAUUGAUGGUUAUCAUUGAAUUGUUCAGCAUCACAUUCAUAUUCCUUUCACUUUUUGGCCAUCAGCAUAAAGGAAAAGAACCAUUGGACCGUGAAUAAUUUGUACAGCUUCUUAGUUCCGCUCAGAUUGUAAAGUUUCCCGGUGUCAUUAUUUGUCAUGUAAAUAAGUAAAUGAAGAUGUAAAUAUCAUAUUACUCCACUUUGACCAUAAUUGAGGAUGGUGAACUGUUUUAAGUUUUUCUUUUUCUUU